AUGCUGGCCCUGUUGUUCUGCGGCGUGUCCAUCGCGCUUCCACCCUUUGUCAGAGCAGAUGCAUGCAAGGAUAUUAGAAUGUACAAGGAGACACCUUCCGCCGGCCAGCCUUUUGCUUUUAAUUGUAUAAACCUGUCACCAACGUCCGGGAAAGUACAUGUAACAUGGUAUAAAUAUCCUGGCAAAAGCCCAAUAUCCACAAAUGCACAGUCCAGAAUUCACCAGGAGCAAAACUGGAUUUUGUUUCUCCCCCUGACACAGGAGGACACCGGGAUCUACCAAUGUGUCAUAAACUAUACAAACACCUGUCACAGAAUCCAUGUAAACCUAACUGUGUUAAGAAAAUAUUGGUAUUGUUUUUCUGGAAACAGUCAACUGAUUUUAUCAGAUGAAUACAAACAAAUAUUACAUGCCGGAAAAGACGACAGUCUUACCUGUCAUCUGAACUUCCCACAGAGUUGUGUUUUGGAUUCAAUAACGUGGUACAAGGACUGUAAAGAGAUUAAAGGAGGACGGUUUACUCGUUGGAGAAUUAAGCUCUCAGUGAGCAACGUUUCAGCAGAGGACGGAGGGGACUACGCGUGUCAAGCCCAACUGACACACACAGGGAAGCGGUACACUAUUUUAAACAGCAUCACUGUGAAUAUCACAGAAACACAUGGAUAUGCAGGAAGAAUUCCUAAAAUCAUUUAUCCAAAAAACAAUUCAAUUGAAGUACAACCUGGCACUACCCUUACUGUAGACUGCAAUAUAACAGACACAAGGGAUAAUACAAAUCUCCGAUCCUGGAGAGUCAAUGACACCUUGGUGGAUGAUUACUACAAUGAAUCCAAACGAAUCAGAGAAGGAUUUGAAUCUCACAUUUCUUUUCAGAAACAUAUUUUUUACACAGUGAACAUAACCUUCUCAGAAGUGAAAAUGGAAGAUUAUGGCCAUCCUUUCAUUUGCCAUGCUGGAGUGUCGGCAGCGUACUUUAUUUUAAAACUCCCAGCCCCGGAUGUUCAAGCUUACUUGAUAGGAGGGCUUGUCACCCUGAUAGGCGCAGCAGUGUCUGUCACGUACAUCUACAACAUUUUUAAGAUUGACAUUGUUCUCUGGUAUCGAAGUGCCUUCCUUUCUACUGAGAUCAAAGAAGAUGGGAAGCUGUAUGAUGCCUAUGUCUUGUACCCCAAGCCCCAAAGAGAAAUCCAGAGUCAUGAGGUGGACACACUGGUGUUGAAGAUUCUGCCCGAGGUGCUGGAGAGGCAGUGUGGAUACAAAUUAUUUAUAUUUGGUAGGGAUGAAUUUCCUGGACAAGCUGUGGCCAAUGUCAUUGAUGAAAACAUCAAGCUGUGCAGGAGGCUGAUCAUCAUCAUAGUUCCUGAAUUCCUGAGCUUUGACCUGUUAAAGAACAUGUCCGAAGAACAAAUCGCAGUCUAUAAUGCGCUCAUCCAGGACGGGAUGAAGGUCAUUCUGAUUGAACUGGAGAAGGUCAAGGACUACACGGCCAUGCCAGAGUCAAUUCAGUACAUCAAGCAGAAGCACGGGGCCAUCCAGUGGAGUGGGGACUUCACAGAGCAGUCACAGUGCGCAAAGACCAAGUUCUGGAAAAAAGUGAGAUAUCACAUGCCACCCAAAAGGCCUCCACCGUCUUCUUCCACCCAGAUGCUGAAGCACACGUACUGA